AUGGCUGAUUUCAUAUUCAUAAUAUUCUUAUCGUUAUGCUGCAUCUUACAUCUCACUUCAGCAGCUGCUGCAGGAUGGUGUUAUCAAUGUAAUUCGAAGAAUCCUCGAUGUGGAAUGCAUAUAGAUCCUUCAAUGAAAGUUGAUAAAACACCUUGUAAUGGUCAAUGUUACACUUAUAUACGUAAAAACAUUGUGUACCGAGGAUGUUCAUGGGAACAUGGUUUUAUGACUCCACAAAUAACGGAAUAUGCUACUGAAGAAAAAGACGGAUUAUGGCGAUUUUGUAACACAUCAUUAUGUAAUUCUGAUGGAAGUUCACUAAUAAGAGAAAGUUGCGAUAAUCAAUUAUGCGAAUAUUUUGAUCUUCCUGAAAACUGUGAAUCGCAUAAUCUCUAUACCGUAUGUGGUAAACAGUGUGGUAAUCAAAUGUGUUAA